AUGCAACCCGGACAAGGCUUCCUCUGGUACGAGAGAAGCUUAGGAGAGGACGUAUUCAUCAGGUCACCUGCGGAGAAGAAGGAUCUCGAUGCAAGAUCUCAGGCAUAUGCAUCAUUUGGCGAUGAUGGUACUACCGUCAGUCUCAGCGCAUACGGACAUAUUCUGCAAAUAUCUCGUUACCUUGGAUACGGCUCCUCUGGAAUGUUUUGCGUCGAUUUGCAAUACUCCAAGCCGUGGUAUGUCCAAAGCCGAAUGGAGGAUAUAAUGAGUUCAGCGACCGAUCCUGAGAAAGGACUCCGGCUCGAUCUGCUAGACUGGACCACUAUUGACGAACGCCCAUCGCUAGGAUUUAUGUUUGAUCGAUGGCCACGUUAUGUCUUCAAACAAAGGCCGCAAGAUGAAGGACCAGCCUUCUCUGAAGAUGCACCAAGGCAGGAAGCACAAGAAGCAGACAGAACAGAACAAGGCGGGGGCCCUAACAACUUAGGAACUGAGGCUAAUGAAGACCAAGAAACAGCGGAGGGUGAAUCGACCACUACACUCUCCAAGGCAUUCUUGCUUUCUGUUCAAUACUUUUGCUACAAGGGUACCGUGGUGCAGAGCUAUUUCAUUCCCAGCAGCGAAGUCAGUAAUCAGGCCUUCGACAAGGCCAUAAACCUAGACACUAUGCUUAGCAUCAGAAGUCUAGAUUUUGUCAGCAACCAAGAUUUCGACACAACCGGCGAAUCAUCGGAAACGCUGAAAACUUUUGUCCUUUCGAACAAACACCUUGUGAUCACACGUACCAUUCCUAAGUAUGUCUUGGAACAAGGGAAUCCAAGUCCACUGCCAAGCGAUGGAAAAUACCUACCGGUCGCCGUUGCACUCGUCAUAUCACCUUUCAUCAAUGGUGAACCAGCCACGAUCGAUACUGAACAUUGCGUAACUUUCAAAAGAGAGGACGCGCCGAGCCACUGCGAGAUCACUGUAGCAUACAAGCUUAGUCUAUUGCAGGAAGCAGAUAUGAGCUUCCUGAUAUCUACGCAAGCUGGUGGCGCUGCAGACUUGCGAGGCCUUCCCUCACUGGCAAACGUGGAAAAUUCAGCAACCAAGCAAGACACAGUGUCACAUGGAUGUAACUCUGAGGCCAAGGACGCACUUGAUUACUUUGGAAAAGAGUUCGUUCGGGAUUCUCUUUACCACAAAAUAUUCUUCUCGCCAGACCCGUUCUUAGACUUCGCUCUUCGUCGAAACCUCGAACACACACUUUCUGUAUGCAGUUUACCAACUUUCGGUGGCGCUGUUGCGAUAACUUGUGGAGAUAUCUCCGGUCACCGUGUCGGACCGCGGGCUAGCUUGUCUGCCAUUCAAUUUCUCAGUUCAAUGCUUAAAUAUUUAGAUCCGGAUGAUGGAAAGUCCAAAGAGCUUCGUCUUAAGAACCGGAAAGCCAAUAUUCUACUAAGUAAGAAGUCCGAUGGCAGCAAGGGCUCCAAGGGUGGAAAAGACUUACCCAAAGAGGGAGAGACCGGGAAACCACAUCUCAUAGCCACGUUUGAACGAGUGCGGGAGGUACUCAAGGGUCAUCUGACAUGGAUCUGCGAAAAGGCUGCCAUGGAGGAAGGCGAAAUCUUUGCACCUCAUUACUGGCCUUCUGGACGAAGGAUUGACGAACCCGACGGUUCUGAGUACCUGCCACCUCCAUCGUUAAUCGACACACCGUUGCAGCUUAUGAAGGUGCUCCACUGCCUCGAGGCUUUUCCGAACCAAGGAACAUACCCUGACGUACUUCUGUCGAUUGAAGGGAAGUUCAACUCCAAAGUUGACAACUGGACCAACCAAUUGCACACCUUGAAUACGCGCGGAACAUACGCUUUUCCACGGCUCUAUAAGAACGGCGACAUUUACGAGAGCUAUGAGGAGGUUCCGGGAGGAGCGAAGUACAGUCUUACCGACCAUGUAAUGAUUGGGAUGGCGCUCAAGUUUGUCGGGUUGCUAAAUCUGUCGACAUCGAACCAGUCACGGCCUUAUUACUCUUAUGAAGAGGUACGAGCAAAAACACUCAAGAGGUUCACUACGGAGAACCCAAUGUCGAAACAGAGGACGAUUGCAACAAGCAGGUGGGCCCACAAAACCAGGUUCUUGUUACAUUCCAAAGACACGUUCCUCUUCACCAACAACAGCUUGGACUUUUUCAAUGAUCCUAAGAGGGAUUCACUGGCUUCAACUCGAAAGAGGAAAGGUCUGACUCAAGAUGAGUCUACUGUUGCUGGGAGAUUUGCUGACCAGCGAUGGGUCAGGCUUCUCGAAGCCCAGGCGUAUCAUGAUGAGUUUCAGGUUCUUGAUUGGGACGAACCGUUGUGGUAUGUGCUAGUGGUAGUUCUUGGAUUCAAGGGAGUACGACUCAACCAGCAACCAGCGGAAGCAUUGGCCCUGGAAAUCCGCACAAAAUUGCUUGGCAGAUCUGCCUACAACGGCCUCUUUCCCGGGUUGUUUGGGCAGAAGAUGGAGCCCGUGGUUUAUGAAUCGGAGACAAAUCGUGACAGCUAUUGGUUCUCGACGUUCGAGAUACCGCAUAUGCUUUGGAUACAUGGCGCUGCAAAUGAUUUCACCACAACGUUCAAGCAGAGUCAAAGUGCUUCCCCGGACGCAGCUGCACAACUCAACACUUACAAAGACUCCGUGAGGAUUGGAAAACAAGUCGGCAAAUAUGUCUCCUUCACCAACAUUGGCUCAUCAAAAGACCAACUGGGGCUUGAUGUCCUCUCUGACGACUGGCUGCAAUCGCCUUCAACGGUCCUGAAUUGCGACUCUGUCUGUGAGAACCGUCUCCAACUCGACAAAAGCGCCUUUAGCAAUCACCAAAAUCGUCGCGACCCGGUCAAGACUCUUGAUGAGGUGGUUAUGGAGUUCCCCAUCAGAAGUGACUCAGAAUUCAUCGGUACGGUGAUCGAUGUGCCUAAAUGGAGUUUGGGAACCGAAAUAACUGGUGCACUACUCACGGUUGAGGAGGCGUGUAAAGCUCUUGGUACGCGAAGUGUGUGGAUGUCGAAGAAAAGGAUCGUAUGGCUUCCAUACAGCGACCGAACAGUGGUCGGGAAAUGCCAUAGUGCCUCGUCCGCUACCGAGAAGGAUGAUAUCCUAUCAUUCCUGGCUCGGCAUAUCAAGUCCGAGAAGUACUUUUUCGACAGUGCGACCGCGGCAAGGAAUGAGUGGGAGACUGAGCUGCAUCUGUCUUUCUUCCACAUGUCGGAUUCGAAAGAUGAAAGUCUGCACGAAUUUGAGGGCGGCAAAUAUCUCGCGUCGACCGUGAUGAGCUUCCGCUUUUUUGGAGACUUCUCUGACAGGUUCUGGACAUGUCACUUUUUGGAAAACGGACUACCAAAAGAUUCGCACAUCAACCUUGCACUGCGCUUGCUGCCAAGCAAGAGGUGUGGGAUUAGAGACGGCUUGGAUAUGUUGCGACCGCACGAAGAACUUGAACCAGAAGAGAGGCGAAAAGCAAGGGGCAAUGUCACGAAGCCGUGGCAACAGCGCAGGAUCUUGGAGCUGCUCAUAUACAGCAAGAUGCUUGAACAACUUCUCCAAGACAGAACAGAGAUCUUCCGUGUGGUCAGGGGGCGCGCGCUUCGAUUAGACGCGAAUGAAGACACAGGUCCGAAUUCCGAUCCGUUCAAGAGGGCCAUCGACGAAGCUAGCCAGCUUCAAAAGCUCGCAAAUGAAGACGACUACUUCUCAGUUGCUCUACAAUGGAGCAGAUAUGGACAGAUUCUUUUGGUGGUUGAAGACAAUCUAAGCGACAACAUUGAAAAGAUUAGAGAGUGGAGCCGACGGGAAAAUGAUCGUAAAAGUCAGCAGCCACGAUGGACGAAAGGCGACGAAGAAAAACAUCGGACAACAAUCUUGAAGCUUGACGUCUUCACGCAGCGGCAGGCUCGUGAGGUUGAGCGUUUGAAAAACCAGAUCGAAGCCUUCCGAGAGUCUCUGCCGACUCAGCUGGCGUCGAUUCGAGACGACAUUAGCUUCCGCGGCUCUCAGAACAUCAACCUGUUUACAUACGUGACGAUUGUGUUCCUUCCGCUUGGAUUUGCGACGGGGUUGUUCAGCAUGAGCGGCGCUCCGGAGCACUCCGUGCUUAUGGACUUGAUUACACUCGCAAUAGGAGCUUUUGGCAUCACUCUGUUCGCGCUGCUCAACGCCAAGACGUUCAGGACGCUUCUGCCGUUUCUCUUGCAGCUACCGCCGCGACUUCUUAGAUACACCUUCUUCCACACGGUGGUCGCACCUACCAUCUCUAGGCUCGUUCAACGCGCAAAACUGCGCAAGGCUACUAACCUUCCGCCUUCUCUCUUUCUUUCCGCUUUUGUCUCGUCCGUAGCGACCGUACCGAGUUUGGCUCAUGUACAUUGGGGUCCUGAUUGGACAAAUUCUUAUUUGAGAGCGUAUACAAUCGAGGAGCUCCGGGACAUGUCGCGAGGGCGUAACUUUCGAACAUACUUGAAGGAACUAUUGCAUAUGUAUCCUAGGUACUACAGCGAAAUCAUGAUGUUUUCGUUCUGGAAAGCUGCGAAAGAGGAAAAGAGGAAGGAAGACGAAGCACCUAUGCCAAAGAGAAGCGGAGAAAAUGGUCUAAAGGGAGCACCAUUCCAGCAUCAGCGCAUGAAACUAUUGAACAGGAAACGGCAUCGCCGCCCAGAUCCGGAGCAAGGGCAAGAGAGCUGA